UCGUUUUGUGAAGAAUCGGGAAUCCUCCUCCUGGCGAGCCUAUCUUCAUGUCUGCGCUGUAGCCUUCUACCUAUUCCUCUGCGGCGGGUUCGCGGCUUAGCUCUCAAAACUAACGGGGUUGCUUUGAUUCGUUCCCUCCCUGCUACCUCUUCUUAUGCCACUUGGAGCCUUUCCGUCUAUCCACGUGCACAGCCCGCCGGCGUGCCUUUGAGGCUAGAAUAUACGCAGAAAACGUUUAUAGGGGCUUCCUCCCUGCAACUGGUUCACUCCAUUACUACCACCCAGUCUCCAUUUCUCCAACAGGUUGCAGGUUUGCCGACUAAUAUAGGUUUUCUGUACAAACUCGCAAACCAUUGGGCUUUUGAGAAGGGCUUAGUUGAAACACAUUUCAUUGAGCAUUUCAAAGAGGAUCUUUUCAUUGAUUCAGGAGUUGAUAUAGCAGCCGGGACAUCUGCUUCCUCCAAACUUGGUGCAGCAUUUGUUGCAGCAUGCAUCUGUGAAAACGACCAUAACACCUACAAGGAAAACUAUCCUGUUUUAGUGGUCAAGGUUUUGCUAGACAAUGGGGCAAAGGUUGACGAAGGGCAGCCUGUUCCAGUUCUUGGGGCCAUGAAAAUGGAGCAUGUUGUCAAGUCUCCUCGUGUUGGUUAUAUUGAGGGGCUUCAUAUUGCAUCUGGACAACAAGUCUUUGACACUAGCAUUCUGUUUACUGUCAAGUUAUGUUGCUCUUUCAAUUACCAUUUGUAUUUCCUCACGCAAUUGCAAACUUUAUGAUAUGCGUAUUCACACUUUAAACAUAGAGAAAAAUAAAAUAUAAUAAUGAUGAUGAUGAUGAUGAUGAUGAUGGCCUGUCAUGCUGAAUGGGCAUCUGCGAGGGUGUUCUAGGAGUGAUGGGAUGGUUGACAUCAUUUUGACUUUGAGACCAUUCAAUAAAAAGCAAAGAAUCCAUACUUGGUAAAAGUGGCUUGCCACCAUGGCGAUGUAUAUAAAAUUAUUGAUUUGAGCCUUUUGGAAAUAGCGCUUUUAAAAUGCAGGGUACGGUUGUAAGCAUCAAUAGGCAAUCCAUAUGUCACACGAAAGAUCGCCUUAUGCCUCAAUUCUUGCCAACCAUGUGUUUUCAUAUGAAUUCAAAAAAAAUUAAGAAAAUAUGAGUCAUUUAUUCAAUUUCUUAUUUUGGGGAAAUAUGAAGCCUUGAUUCUAUAUGCAGAAACCUCAAAUGUAAUUCUUUAAUUCAAAUUCAUCCAAAUAAAAACAAU